GCAGCAAAACACCACCAAGUAUAGAAGCAGCACACAGGACAACUACAGGGCCUUGAUCGCUUAACCACUUGAUCAAGCAAGUGCAGAUGGCAAAAUCCGCAAUGCCGCUCGUUGCGACGCUGCUGGCUGUCGGGCUGGCGGUGCUCCUCCUCUCCGGCGCCGGCCCAGCGGCCGCGCAGAACUGCGGCUGCCCGGAUGACCUGUGCUGCAGCCAGUGGGGCUACUGCGGCACGGGCGACGCCUACUGCGGCGACGGCUGCCAGUCCGGGCCGUGCACGGUGAUGAGCGGCGGCGCCGCUGCCGCCGCUCGGAAGAUGUCCGGCGACAAGGCCGUGGGGAGCAAACGCACCCCCUAAGUAACCGAUGCGUCUGCUGCGUGCGCCUGCCUCAACUCCCAAAGCUAAAGUGACUAUCAGAGUUCAAUACAGAAUAAUAAGCUAAGUAAUGAAUUGCUGGGAAUAUGGCAAAGUGUAAUGUAAUAUGCCCAAUACGUACUGUCGUACUGAUCUCGGUGAUCAGAGCAGUAUCGUCGAGAUGGAAAUAAGUAAGGUUUCCUUGAUGUUUGUAUUUCGUAUGAACGAAACUACCAGAAAUAUAUGAAAGAAAA